UCCAUCUAUUUGUCUCUCUGUAUGACGUGACUGCAUCUCCAUGGCGCCAGCAGAGGGGCGCGAGGCUCUUGAGCAGUGGCUACCUGUCAUUGAUGGGCUGCACAUUGGUCAGCUGGUGGAGAUCGAGGCGGGCCCCGAGGCGGGUCGGUGUGGACAAAUCAUCAAUUGGCUUCCACAGGAAGGGCUUUUUGAGAUUGCCCUUCUCAGCACUGGAAGAUUCGUCCAGGUGGAGCCGAAAGACUGUGGCUCCGUGGUAAACUGUCAGGGGCCGGCCACGGGUGGUGGCCCUGACAGCUUCGACGUAGUCAUUGGUCCGCGGACCAACCGGGAUGCACUGGCUGAGGUGCUUUCCAACAGCUUGCUGGAGAGAGGCUUUUGCGUGCUUCGCCUUAUCCAACGAGACAAUGAUCGGGAGCAGGUUCACAAGAUGCUCCGCCAGUUUGAUUCUGAUGGGAGGCUUUGCAGAUUGGCGAAUGAAGUAGAAGAAGGCUACCUUGGCAAGGGUGGUCGGGGCAAAGUGAUGUGGCUGGACCCGGACGAUCCGUCGGUGCCAAUGGGUUCUGCUGUGCGCAGGAAUGAUGCCAAUAUUACCAGUUUGGCCGAGAUCCUGCAGCCGUUUGCAGAGGAUGUGCUUGGUGCACCAAUUGCAGAGAGAACUCCAGCAAUGGCCUGCAUGUCAAUGACAGACGCAGAGGAGGCCGUCUACGAGCAUCCGACAGCCUCGGAUACUAUCAUCGAGGAGUUCUAUGGCAACUGGGCUCGCAGCGUGCUGCGAGUGGUGCACUUCAUGGGUCCAGGGGAGUCCAAGGUGGAGUUGACCAGUAAGGAGGAUGCUCCGAUCAGUCGCUUGGAAGCUAGCUACGAGAUCAACGCUGGCCCGAACACGAUUAUUUUGGUUCGACAAGACACUUUUGAUUUCUGGUGUGACGAACCAGAAGAUGAAAGUGAGGCAUUCUGGCUUCAGUCCUUCCUGCUGCGAGCUGGUCCCAGCUGGACGUUGGGGGAACUGAUUGAUGGUGAUCUCAGCUUGCUCGCGAGCAGAGGUGAGGGGCCUGGACCACCAACUGGUCCUGAGGUUGUGUCUGUGGUGGCGCUUUCUCUGCAAGCAUGUGGCAAGAUGACCGACCAUCACAAGGAGUGGGCUGCAUAUACAGCGGGCGUAGAUGCCCAACUGGAGAUGCCCAUUUUACGCUUUGAAUAUUUACCCUAUUACAGCGACGAGGUUGAUGCGCCGCAGGGCACUACAUUUGUCAAACAUUUCUCGGUGCAAGAUGGUGUAGAGCUGUUUGACAACAAGGUUUUCGAGAUUUCCAACAUGGAGGCAGAGUGCAUGGACCCCAUGUACCGACAGAUCAUGGAGGUGGGAUAUCUCUCCACGCUGCAGAUUGGCCUCACCAAAAAGCUGGCCAACACCAAGUCGACACAUGCAUCUGUGUCCGUCGGGCUUGACAAGCAGGAGUGGCCCAACAUGCCUGUUGCGACAAGCGUGGCCACCAACAACCAGCUUGCCAUUGUGGCAAAUCGCUUCAACUAUGUAUUCAACUUGAAAGGUGGAAGCUAUGCUUGUGAUACCGCCUGCUCUUCCUCUUUGGUGGCUUCUCAUCUUGGCAAAGUCAACUUGCUUGAGCAGAGGUGGGAUCCCCUCGAGUGGCAUAUCGGCUUUGGCACGGGAUUGACCCUGACAGUCUUUUCCUUUAUUCAUGGAUGCGCAGCGCACAUGCUUUCACCUGGUGGGCGGUGCUUUACCUUUAAUGCCACAGCAAAUGGCUACAAUCGAGGGGACGGAACUGCAGCCUUCAUCAUCAAGAAUGGAACUUUCGAGAACGAAAGGUUAGCAUUCUUCCGUGGAUCUCAAAUAGGGCAAGAUGGACGAAGUGCAAGCAUGUCAGCGCCAAAUGGACCGGCUCAGGAGAAAUGUG